CUUCACUACAAUCAUCUCCCCACCAAACAACGAUGCAAUACACAAUAUUGUGACUAUAUUAAAUCCUGCAAAGUGGGCGACACACAGGCACACACAGUGUAACAGGUUAAACAUCAUUUAUUUGUUUUUGGUGUUUGAAAUAAAAGAAGCUGAAGGUCGCUUGAACCCGAUGGAGGACUGCAGCUUCCACAGCCAGCUCCUGUCCGUCAUGGAGGUCCUGGCCAAGGCGGCCGUGGCGGAGAUAAACCGGCGUGUGGAUGACAGCUGCGCGGUGCUCCGGCUGGAGGUGAGCCAGAGCCGGCGGGACAUCGACCUGCUGCAGAGGAAGUGUGAGGUGAUGGAGGCAGAGCUGAGGAGGACCAGGAUGAGAGCCCGGAGGAAAGUGUUUUAUCCUCCAGCAGCCGAGAGGUUUUCUCCUUUAGUCAAAGUAGUGUUGAAUAAAGAGAGACAGAGCGCAGACUGGGACAGACAGAUGGAUGCUGAGGCUCAAAACCAACCCCAGCAGGGUGCUGCUGAAGCUGAACACAUACUGAUCAAAGAGGAGCGUGCAGAGGAGGACAUGUGGAAGAACGACUCCGAGGACAAACUGAUCUCUGAGCAGCAGCCAUGUUUCGAAGCCUCACAACCCGCCCGGACCGACUCGGCUGAGAACCCAGCCGACCCCGGAUCUCUGGCCUCCCCGGCAGACGGGUACAGCGCUUUCCUGGACCAGCAGCUGCCAAACAGAAGCCAAAUUGAGGCCGAGCUCAUAGUGAAACACGAGCGAGAGGAAGAGCCCGACGAGAACGCAGCUCCUCUGGAUUCAGCCCACAAGUUUGUGACAGAGGACGGCGACGGCCAGCUGUGGUCGUCCAAUCUGUGCGGAGCCGCUGUUGACCCGGGCUUCUCGUACGCCGGGCAGCAGUUUGAGCCAGUUCCCCCGAUGCUCCCGUCUCAAAGUGGACUUCAUUUGGAAGACAUGGUGCCCCAAAUCCACUCAGUGGGGAAGUCACAUUCAGUCACAGUGAGCGCAGCACGGGUGAAAAGACGAGCCAGAGCGUUUGGAUGUAAGAGACCACAACCAGACGAAGGACACAACGCUUUAUCUCAGCUCAACACCAUGGAUCAGUGUUUGAUUCCUCAGCAGCCACAGCAUCAAUACAGAGACGCCGCGCCUCACACGAGGAACCCGAACGAGGAUUCUGGGCCUCCAAACUUGGCGGACACCAAUUUCUGCGGGCGCAGCGGCUUCGGCCUGGCGAGGAGGAUGAGGGCGCCCUGGAGGUCCGGCAUCGGCGAGAAGAGGUUCAGCUGCACGUACUGCAACAAGAGCUUCAUGAGGUUCAGUCAGCUCAAAGAGCACAUGAGGAGCCACACCGGGGAGAAACCGUUCAGCUGCCUGCAGUGCGGCAGGAGCUUCACCAAACAGUGCAACCUCAUCCGACACGCGGUGGUCCACAGCGGGGAGAAACCCUACGAGUGCUCGCUGUGCGGGAAGUGCUUCACCCAGCGCUCCAGCCUGAAGUCCCAUCAGAAAACGGCGCACUGAGUUUUAUACACCUGAUUCCAGUGUUUGCUAACUUUAAGAAACAUCAAGUGUUUGUUUUCAUUGUUUUUAAUAGAAAAUAAUAUGUGAUAUAAUGUUGUUAUAAUGAAACAGGCGAGUCUGGAAUCAUAAUAUAAUAAUUUAGCUUUAAGUUUAGCUACAAAUCAUGUAUACUUCACUUUUUUUACCUAGUAUUUUUCCUACCGCUCUAGGCAGCCACUAGUUUCCAUUCAUUCCCAUACAGUAUUAAACAGUUGGUGGACUCUUGAAGUGUCCACUGUGUAACUGCACAACAAUAACUUUACACAACAAUGUGUAUACAGAGUUUUAGUGAUGGCUGCUUGAAACUGGAGGAAAAACACAUUCAAAUUUGUGGAGACAGUAGAUUUUUUUUAUAUCUUAUCUGUAGGAAACAGAUCAAAACAUGCAAAACCACUGGCGUGUCCCUGACUGCUGUAGGCGAGUUAUACAAACAAUGAAGAGUCAACAUCUCUAAUAUUUUUAUUUAAAAAAAAAUAUCUUGUGUAGAAAUAUCUUUGGAACAAAACCAACUGUCGUAUUGUUAUAUUGUGAGAGUGUUUGUUUUACACGUUGUGUUGUUGUGGCCUACGAUGAUGCACAUUACUAGACGCAGACAGAAGUAUGAUUGAUGCACAAAUUAAAAAUAUCAGAGGUAAAGACGAAGAGAAUUUUUUGGUUUUUUUACGUGUGAACAAAAGGUUGUCAACUCUAAAGAUGCUAAAGGUG